GGCGGUCCCGCGCUGGGAGGCGGGGCCGGGAGGAGCGCGCCCUUCCUCUUCCUGGCCGGGCGUCCGCGGCUCGAGGGGCGCCGGCGUGGGCCGGGCCGGGGGCACGAUGAAUAACCCUAUACCUUCCAAUUUGAAAUCAGAAGCAAAAAAGGCUGCUAAAAUUCUGAGAGAAUUCACAGAAAUAACCUCCAGAAAUGGACCUGAUAAGAUCAUUCCUGCCCACGUGAUCGCUAAAGCCAAGGGCCUGGCGGUCCUGUCGGUGAUCAAGGCGGGGUUCCUGGUGACCGCCCGAGGAGGCAGCGGCGUCGUGCUGGCGCGUCUUCCCGACGGAAAGUGGUCGGCGCCCUCGGCCAUCGGCAUCGCGGGGCUCGGCGGGGGAUUCGAGGUGGGAAUCGAGGUCUCCGAUCUGGUUAUAAUCUUGAACUACAGCCGAGCAGUAGAAGCUUUUGCGAAAGGCGGUAACCUGACCCUUGGAGGGAACUUCACUGUGGCAGUUGGGCCCCUGGGGAGGAAUCUGGAAGGAAACGUGGCCUUAAGAAGCUCUGCUGCCGUCUUCACGUAUUGCAAGUCCAGAGGGCUCUUUGCCGGCAUAAGUUUAGAAGGCAGCUACUUGAUUGAAAGGAAAGAAACCAAUCGAAAGUUUUAUUGUCAGGACAUCCGAGCCUACGACAUCCUGUUCGGAGACACGCCGCGGCCUGCCCAGGCGGAGGACCUGUACGAGGUCCUGGACUCCUUCACUGAGAAGUACGCGAGCGAAGGGCAGCGAACCAACGCCAGGAAGGCGGCCCGGGAACAGAGGCGGGCUUCGGCUCCGGCCACAGAAUUGCCUCCAAAACCGUCGUCCAGACCUCCGCAACCCGCACAAGGCCAGCUGACCUCCGGCUCUCAGGGAAACAGAAAGGAGCACAAGCUCUACCCUGAACUUCCCGGCUACCGCGAGAGGGUCGGCGAGUCGGAUCGGCCCAUGGAAGUGACCGCGCUGUACUCUUUCCAAGGACAGCAGCCGGGGGAUCUGAGCUUCCAAGCUGGAGACAGAAUCACGGUCACGUCGAAGUCGGAUUCGCACUUUGACUGGUGGGAGGGGGAGCUUCGCGGUCAGAUCGGCAUCUUCCCAGCCAACUACGUGACCAUGAAUUGAAGUUUGUUAUUCUCUUCUCUGAGAGUUACAGAAAGUAAUUAUUUCCAUGCUAACAGGAUUGACCGUCCAGUUAAGCAGUGUUCAGUGUAAGUUUAGAAAUUUGACAAGAAUAAGCAAUAGAAGGCAUCCAGAUUGGAAAGGACAGGCCUGUAUCUUUAUGUAAAGGAAUUUGUUUUCUCAUCUGUAAAUAAAUGAUUAACUUACACAUCUUUAAAUGCUUUGUACUAAUUUUAUCACAUAUGCUAUUUAAUAGUUAAGAUCCUCAGUUUAUAUGGCCACAGUCCUUUUGUGUUUAUUUUCAAACAUCUCUAAACUUUUGAUUUGGCAAUGUAUAUGGUAACUGUUUAUUUUAAUUUAAGAAUCUUGAGGGUAGAGGCAUGAAUACCAAUACAUUUGUUUCAAUUUGCAAAAAAAGAGAAAAAGAAAUCAGUUUACAUAGAGUAGCAGUAGUAAUACUUAGAAUUGUAGGUGUUACUGAGAAUAUGAAUCCUUAAAAAUUAUCUUGUACCUUUAAAGAUUAUUUGUAGACACAUAUAGUAGAAAUGUACUGUUACAGAGAUGUUCGGCCACUAUGCACUUAAAAAAGAUGGUAUCCACUAAUUUUUUUCUUUAUAAGGGUAUGUUUGUUCAUUUCUAGCAGUAGAAUCAACUUACGUUGACAUGGUUCAUCUGUCCCUAAAUAAACGGUCUUUAAAUGUAAA